UCACCACCUCCUCCUGAAGCAGGAUCCUUUUCGUCUUUGCACACACCGCUUUAGUUUGCUAAGAAAAUCCAAAAACUUGCUAGGCAUUUUCUUCUUGAAACGAGAACUUUUGCUCACACACGACGAAGAAUACGAAGCAAAGCUUUCUUUUCAACUUACCCAGCGUUUUCCUUCAAGUCUGAUAGAUACCGAUAUAAUGUAUCAGUGGAACUUACCGUACCGGAAAGGUGACUUGGAAGCAGGAGGCGGUGACUCAAGGUCGAGACCUUUAUACCCAACCAUGCAUGAAACUCCAGAGCUCCGGUGGGGAUUCAUACGCAAGGUUUACUCUAUAAUCGCCUUUCAGCUUCUAGCCACCGUCGCCGUCUCCGCCACUGUGGUCACCGUCCGCCCAAUCUUUCUGUUUUUCGCCACCACGGGGGCAGGACUAGCUCUCUACAUAGUCAUCAUCAUCACCCCCUUCAUAGUGUUGUGUCCGUUGUACUAUUACCACCAGAAACAUCCGGUGAACUACUUACUCUUGGUGGUGUUCACUUCGGCUUUGGCUUUUGUCGUUGGAUUGACAUGUGCCUUCACCAAUGGGAAAGUGAUUCUCGAGUCGGCGAUCUUGACAACGGCUGUGGUGCUUUCCCUCACCGUGUACACCUUCUGGGCUGCUAAGAGAGGAUAUGACUUCAACUUCCUUGGACCCUUCUUGUUUGGUGCUCUCAUCGUCCUCGUCGUCUUUGCCAUGAUACAAGUUUUUUUUCCGUUAGGGAGGACAUCGGUGAUGAUUUAUGGUUUCUUGGCAUCGGUAAUAUUCUGCGGGUACAUAGUCUAUGAUACAGACAAUCUGAUCAAACGUUACACAUAUGAUGAGUAUAUUUGGGCAGCGGUUUCGCUCUACCUGGACAUCAUCAAUCUCUUCUUGUCUCUUCUUACUAUAUUUAGAGCUUUAGAGAGGUAGGUGAUUGCGAGUAUGAGGUAGUUAAAAUGCUCUUGAUCUCUAGAAACUGUUGUAAUAAGAAAGUGUGUGUGUGUGUGUUUUUGUAUAUAUAUUCUGGUUACUGUUCUCACAGAGAGAACAGAAAAUAGAUUCUCUAUAGUGUGAACCAAAUAUUUCUAGAACU